AUGGACCUCACUCCUCAAGUUCAGGUCGUGGUGCCAGAUGUCGCUGCUGCGCUGAUCGAGGUCAUCAACCUUAGCCGGCCUAAAUCAGGGAGUCUUCAUAGAAAUCUCAAACUCUCCCUCGCUCAACUGAUCGCUGAAAUAAGAUCACCGGGUGUUGCCCAAGCCUUGGCUCAACAGCGGGACCCGUUCAAAACCGUCCUACAUAAAGUGGCCUCCUCUUUGGAGGAAGUUCUGUCUAGUGAUUAUCUCAAAAGUCGCUACCUUGAGGCUUUGGAGAAAGAGAAUCUAAUUUCAAGCCUCCCGUUCUCCUUAUUCCGAGUCGGUUUCUGGGGUAGUGGUAACAAAAACCCGACCCCGACGGAACGAAUCGACGAGAUAUUAUGUCGACCCUUCCCUACACUUCACUUACUUCGUGAUCUUGUUCAAAGAUGCAAUGUACAGAACAUUGAGCUGGAGGAGCUUUUGAACGGAGACGGCCAUGUGAAGGAGCUCAAUUAUCGGGUCCAGCGGUGGAAUUCGCUAGUAGAUAAGAUUUACGACAAUACCGAUCGUGAUGUCGAAGAUUCAGAACUCAUUGAAGCAGAGAUACCGAAGCCUCCGACGAUAGAGAGCGUCUUCCAAAGAGAGGAUAGUGUGCAUCACCUGUCGCAGGCCCUAUAUGACGUCCUUCACAAGAACUGGCCAUGUGACUCGGAGAACCAUAACCACAAUGGACGCCUGGGUCUUUGUCUGGAAGCCAAGUUUUGCUUAGAUCCUCAAUGGACAUGUUCUGAGGCAAAUGACAAUUUCUUGAUGCUAUUUACUGGACCCGACAUAAUGCAAGAGUGUAGAGUUUGUGUAAACAGCUCUAGGUGA